AUGGAGGUCCCAAUUAUUGGCCGUCUGAGAAUUUCAGAAUAUCAAGCGUUAAUCAUCGGUUUGAUAUUUUUAUUCUUAGAGAGUUUACUGAGAUUUGCUACCUUUUGGUUACCACGUUCCAUUGAACAGUAUUUCAGAAAUGAAAGUCAAAGAUUAUUUUCGAUGAUUUUUAAAGAUGAACGUACACACCAUGUUAAGUUACUUCAACAUGCAGAAAGCUUUAAAGAAUUGGUAAAAUAUUGGGGAGAUUACCCGGUAGAAGAGCAUAUUGUAAAAACUCAGGAUCAUUAUUUGUUGGGCAUCCAGAGAAUUCCUAAUGGGCGCAACAUCCCGGUAAAUGAAGGCAGCAUUCAAACCAAACCCAAUGAACGGACACGUCGAGAUAAAAUGAGUGGCUUUCGUCACGAAGAUGAUGGGUGGCCACCAACUCAAAAUCCAGAGAACGUUGAAUCUGUAUUUAAACGGUGCGGGGUUCCUUUGUUGGCUAUUCGACAUCACUCUGAAGAUGAAACUUUUACAGGCGAUAGUAACGCUGGAAUGUCGUCGUCUUCGAGAAAUACGAAAACCAGUACAAAAAAGUUUGGACGAUCAAAAUCUGACGGCAGUUCUAAAAAUUCGAGAUCAUUUUCCCCAACCGGUCAUCGCGAAUCAAAAUCUCAGAAGCAGUCUAAAAACACGCGUAGGACAGAAGCACCUAGUUCAAAAUCAGCCACACAACAAAAUGCAGGAUAUACCAAACCUGUAGUGUUAUUAUAUCAUGGAUUAAUGACUUGCAGCGAGAUUUGGGUUUGUAAUUACGAAUACGAGAAUAGGUUAGCUUGUUUGCUGGCUGAUGCUGGGUACGAUGUAUGGUUUG